GAGCAAAAGCACCCCCCAACGCCUUACUCGAGUGUAACGCUCUACUCGAGUAAGGCGAUCGAGUAGAGCAUUGCGGGUGCUCUGAUGUGUUGUCAGUGUUUUAAAGAGUCGUCAUUUAUCUUUGUUAGUAGGAGUACUAUUUUCUGUCAGUUUCUUUUUCUACAAUGAAUCAAUGAUCUAAAGCGAAACCAAAAACUAAUCUCAAUCUCAUUCUAGGGUUUUACCAGGGUACAGUCUCACUACCUUUUUUGAAUUUCAAUCGCGCUCAAUAUCCCCCAUAAACAUGGCUGAAAACUCACCACCUCCGCCGUCGUCGCCGCCUUCACUAGAAGAACUACCCGAUCCCAAAAGGCAGAAAAUGUCAACCACCAUCACCUCCGACGAAGAAAAUCCACAAAACGCCGCCGCAAUUCCCAGAACCCCCAAGUACAAGCGCCGCAAAGUCGCGAUAUUCUUCGCCUACUGCGGCGUCGGCUACCAGGGAAUGCAGAAAAAUCCCGGCGCCAAGACCAUCGAGGGCGAUUUCGAGGAAGCCCUCUUUUUAGCGGGAGCAAUUCCGGAGGAUGAGCGGGGAAUGCACAGACGGUUCGAUUGGGCCCGGUCGGCUCGGACCGAUAAGGGCGUCAGCGCCGUGGGGCAAGUCGUGUCGGGCAGAUUCUUCGUCGAUCCGCCCGGUUUCGUGGAGCGGUUGAACUCCCACCUAUCACCGCAGAUUCGGGUGUUCGGGUACAAGCGGGCGACGCCGUCGUUUAAUGCAAAGAAGUUCUGCGAUCGGCGGAGGUACGUAUACUUGAUCCCUGUUUUCGCGCUCGAUCCGUCGUGUCAUCGUGAUAGGGAGAGUGUUCUAGCUAGCGUGGGAUCGGGGAAUGAGCUUGUUAAGUGUGUCGAGUGUUCGGAGAGAGGGAGGAAGGUUUUUGGUGUGAUGGGAAAGCGUAGCUUUGAGUCGAAAGAUGCGGCUGAAAGUGUUGGGAUUGGUUCUGGCAUUUCGUCGAACAAUGGGCGUUCCGUAGUGGAAAAUGAAUCUGGAACUCAUGAUUCUGAGCAGAACUCUAGUAUUACAAAUGAGAAUGUUGAAGCUCCAGAAACUGAGGUAUUGGAGCCGGUUAAUGAAGUUUCUGUGGAUGAGAUUGCAGAAAAAGGGAAUGAUAACGGUGGAAGUGGCAAUGGAAGUAGUGAAAGCAAGAAGGUUUUGGAAAGUGGAGUUGGGGAUGUUGAGACGUCCAAGGAAGAUAAAUUGGAAUGUGAGGAUGCUAGCAGCCCUGCAAAAAUCGAGCAAAAGAGCGAGUUCUGCUAUGGGGAGGGCGAGAAGGAAAGGUUUAAUCGAAUUCUCAAGUAUUAUGAAGGGACACAUAACUUUCAUAAUUUCACUACAAGAACUAAAGCCGAGGAUCCUGCUGCUAAGCGAUACAUUUUGUCAUUUAAUGCAAAAACUGUGCUCAACAUUGAUGGAAUGGAUUUUAUAAAGUGUGAGGUUGUGGGGCAAAGCUUUAUGCUUCAUCAAAUACGGAAGAUGAUCGGUCUUGCUGUUGCAAUCAUGAGGAACUUGAGUCCUGAGUCGUUGAUAGAGAAAGCUUUCGAGCAGAAGGUAAACAUUAAUGUGCCCAUGGCGCCUGAAGUUGGACUGUAUUUAGAUGAGUGCUUCUUCUCAUCAUACAAUCAGAAAUGGAAAGACAGCCAUGAGGAGCUGUCCAUGAAAUCUUAUGCUGAGGAAGCUGAGGACUUCAAAAUGAAGUACAUUUACUCUCACAUUGCCGCAACAGAGUACAAGGAUGGAGCUGUUGCUGUCUGGCUGCAUUCUUUGAACUACCGCAACUAUCCAGAUCUACGCGGAGCAGACACCACUCCUAUUCCUGAUGGAAAUAAGGUGGUGGAUAAUUGCCCAAGCUCGGAGGUAACUCCCAUUGCUGAUGGAAAUGAGGUGGUAGAAAAUUUCCAAAGCUCGGAGGAGGUCGCUCCUAUUCCUGAUGGAGAUAAGGUGGUCGAUAAUUGCCCAAGCUCGGAGGUGACUCCUAUCCCUCAUGGAAAUAAGGUGGUCGAUAAUUGCCCAAGUUUGGAGGUGGAGAACAAGGACAAAAUGAAUGUGGACGAGUGAGUGCCUUCAUUCUAAAGGUUUCCAAUAACCUUUGAGGUGCUCGUGAUUUGACUUUUAGUCUAUAUGCAUUUUGCAUUUCAUACUGUACUCUAAAACCUGCCAUCCAUCCCAUUAUAGAAAUCCAACAUGAUUUUAGUUAUGUAGGGUUUGUUCUUGAGAUCAGUUUUGAGACAAUUUUUCUGCUAUUUAUAAUGGAUUACAUUCUCAA